AUGGGUGUGUUGAGAUAUCAAAUGCCAGUCGAUGGAAAGGCCUACCAAUGCCUCAAAUGCUGGCAGAUGGCAACGGAUGAAAGUGCCAAAAUUAGUGCCCGACAGGGCAGUCUUUCUGCCCAUCAAAGACUCCACACACAGGAGAAACCAUAUACGUGCUCAGAGUGUGGGAAGAGUUUGAGUUGUAAGGGUAAUCUUUCUGUCCAUCAAAAAAUCCACACAGGGGAGAAACCUUAUAUGUGCUCCGAGUGUGGAAAGAGCUUCAGUUGGAAGUCAUAUCUUUCUCUCCAUCAAAGAUUUCACAAAGGGGAGAAACCAUCUACAUGCUCAAAGUGUGGAAUGAGCUUCAGGCAGAAGGGGAAUCUUUCUGUCCAUCAAAAAGUCCACGCAGGAGAGUGUAGUGAGGAACCUGCUGGCACUGAUAGAGUUAACAGAAAAGUACCCAUGACCUUUGACAGACUGGCAACCCUGGGGCCUGACCAAUCAACCAGGCAGGCAGGACUAGAGGGUAAGGAUGUGCAUGAACCAGUUGGGCUGUCUUUUUCUGGGCUGCCAAACCGGUUUGGAGGUCCAUUGUUUGGACUGGUUUGGCAGCAGGUGUUAUCUUUUAAGGAGUAGUGCAGGUGCCGUUACGACCCCUCCCCGGCAGUGCUACCAAAACCACUGGCGUAGGGCUGCAAGAAGGUAUGCAGUAGCCCCAUUCCACUGGCUUCGGUGGCAGUGCUUCAGUGAUGGAAGUAUGUUUUCUUUCCAUUAAAGUCGCCACACAGGGGAGAAACCAUAUUCGUGUUCAGAGUGUGGAAACAACUUCAGACGAAAAGCCAGUCUUUUUGCCCAUCAAAGAAUCCACACGGGGGAACCAUAUACGUGCUCAGAGUGUGGAAAGAGCUUCAGUGAGAACAGCAGUCUCUCUGCCCAUCAAAGACUACACUCAGGGGAGAAACCAUAUACGUGCUCAGUGUGGAAGGAGCUUUAGACGGAAGGACUAUCUUUCUGUGCAUCAAAUAAUCCACACAGGGGAGAAGCCAUAUACGUGCUCAAGGUGUGGAAAGAGCUUCAGUGAGAAGGGCAAUCUUUCUGCCCAUCAAAAAAUCCACACAGGGGAGAAACCAUAUAUGUGCUCACAGUGUGGGAAGACCUUCAGUCAGAAGCACUAUCUUUCUGCCCAUCAAAGAAUCCAUACGGGGUGUGUGUGUGUGUGGAACCAUAUACGUGCUCAGAGUGUGGAAAGAGGUUAAGCUUCUCCACAAGCCUUACUAUCCAUAACAGAAUCCACACAGGGGAGAAACCUUAUACAUGCUCAGAGUGUGGAAAGAGCUUUAGUCAGAAGGGCCAUCUGUCUGCCCAUCAAAGACUACACACAGGGGAGAAACGAUAUGUUUGCUCAGAGUGUGGAAAGGGCUUCAGUUGCAAGAGCAGUCUUUUUGCCCAUCAAAAAAUCCACACAGGGGGAAAACCAUAUACCUGCUUAGAGUGUGGAAAGAGCUUCAGUGAGAAGGGCAGGCUUUCUUUCCAUCAAAGAAUCCAUGCAGGGGAGAAACUAUAUACAUCCUCAGAGUGUGGAAAGAGCUUCAGUCAGAAGGAUAAUCUUUCUGCCCAUCAAAGAAUCCACACAGAAGAGAAACAAUAUACUUGCGCAGAGUGUGGGAAGAGCUUCAUUCAAAAAGCCAAUUUUUCCACCCAUGAAAAAAUCCACACAAGGGAGAAACCUUAUACUUGCUCAGAGUUUGGAAAGAGUUUUCUGUCCAUCAAAGAAUCCAUGCAGGGGAGAAACCAUUUAUGUGCUCUAAGUGAAGAAAGAGCUUCAGUUGGAAACCAAGCCUUUUUUCCCAUCAAAGAAACCACACAGAGGAGAAACCAUAUAGGUGCUUAGAGUGUGGAAAGAGCUUCAGUCAGACGGAUAAGCUUUCUGUCCAUCAAAUAAUCCAGACAAGGGAGAAACUAUAAACGUGCUCAGAAUGUGGACAGAACUUUGGCCAGAAGAGCUACCUUUCUUCCCAUCAAAGAAUCUACACAGGAGAGUGUAGUGAGCCACUUGCCAGCACUGAUGGAGUUAACAGGAAAGGAACCCAUGCCCUUGACUGACAGACUGGCAACCCUAACUCUUGACCAAACAGUCAACCAGGUGGGCAGGACUAGAUGGUAGGAAUGUGCACAAACUGGUUUGGCAGUACUUUAUCAGACCGCUGAACCGGUUCAGAGGUACCUUGUCAUGACCAGUUCGGUGGGGGUGGGAUGUUACCUUUUAAGGAAUAGUGAGAGUUCCCCUGCCGUUAACCCUCCUCUUACGAUGUUUUCCAUGGUUGCAGCAGCAGCACCAGUGGGGAAGUGGUGGUGUUGGGAGGGUAAUGGCACCCUCCCUACUCCUUAAAGGUAACCACCAAACUGUCCACCCGAUGGUUCGUGCACAUCCCUACUAGAGGGCUGCUGGGUAGAAAAAAAGGGAGUUGCUCAGAUGAGAAAGGAAUGAUGGAGGCUCACCACAUUUUAUCUCAGUGAGUCUGCAGAAGGUUGUGAGACAGAUUUUCAGGGGCUUGGAUCCUGCCAGGGAUUUGGGGGGAUUCAAGGGGCGGAAAGCCAGGGUGUGCCUUUCAGAAGUUAGUGCAGGAGGAAGUAUUGUUAGUAAGACUUACGUCAGAAGUUAUUUUACUUUGUGUCUGUUGCUGUGCAUUUCCUAAAUAUCUGUUCCUUGUAAAUGAAUAACUAAGAUUAACUACAUGCCACCUACGAAAAGAUCUGCUCUUUUUAAAUAUUCUUGUAACCAAGCUAAGCAUUUCUAAGUGCAACCAAAAAGCUGAAACCUAAGCAUCCCUAGUUUGUAGCAAUACAAGUUUUCUAUCUGUUUUUACAAA